AGUACGUAAUGAUUGUUUAUUUUCUUAAAAAGUAAACAUUCGAGAAAUUUCAUUACGACCAGAAAAAAGGUAGAAAAAAGUCGAGCUCAUCAUAUUGAAGCUAUCGGGUAACGCGAAUAAAACCCAAUUCAACUAUCAAAAACAUUAUUUUUCGUUAAUAUCAUCAGAAGAAAUAUUCGACCAUUUUAUGUAGAUUGUUCAACGAAAAAGCACUUGCUCACCAGUAUCAAAUUCUCUUUGCUGUAGUUAAAUAGAAGGUGUAUCAUAAAAAAAAUGUCAAAUUCAGACGAACCGAGCGCCAAGCGUUAUCUAAUGGACACCGACCUAUCAACGACAACACAGCCUAUUAAUGAAACUACUACCAUUUUAAAAUUGAAUGACGAUUGCUUGUAUGCGAUUUUUGGCUAUUUAAAUAUUGAAAGUUUGUGCCACACCGCAAAUGUUUGCAAACGAUUCCGACCAGUCACCGAGCAAGUAUUCCACCGCUACCAUAGUAGUGUCAAAUUCAAAAGUGCCACCAAUAAAGAGUCUUCAUUUCGUCGUAUUCUGUGCAAAUUUGGUCAUCUUAUCACAUCACUCGAUGUUUCGUUUGCGGGUCGUUAUUCGGAUUUUGGAACAGAUGCGAUCGCAGAAUAUUGUUCAACCGAUUUGGAACGUCUUAUAUUACAUCGCGUGAUCAUUAGCAGCGAUGACAUUGCCUUAUUAAUACCCCGAUUGAAACACUUGGAAAUACGUGAUUGUGUUUAUAAUAUGGAUAUGGAUAACUCAGCUGAUUGGUACAAGGUGUUUACAUUUAAAAAUUGUCCAAAACUUGAGGUGUUUGCUUUCAAUAUGGAAAAUGAGGGCUGUGAAUUUUUGGUUCAAAAGUUCCCAAAAUUGAAAGAACUUAUGUUGAACUGUGAAUACGUAAGAUCGGACAUAUUUGCCGAUAUAAUGGGUCUCAAUUCACAACUGAAAAUGUUGAACAUCCAGACAAGACUCAAUGACGAGCUCAUUUAUUCCAUCAUUCAUGCAAAGGAUCUGGAGAAUUUGACUAUUAGCGGCGGAAAUAAAUCGAAUUGGGAUUACAAAGCUAUUCGAACCGUCAAUGGUCUUUUACGAUUAGCCAAAUUAAAGAAAUUAAAGGUACUCAAUAUCGAUAUUACCUUUUCAGGUUAUGCACGAUCAUUCAUUCAGCUCAUAGAAUCAUUAUCAAACAAAAACAUUCCCAUCGAACAUUUAUCGAUAGAUAGUAUUUCAAUAAAAUCACAGGAAAUUCAUAGUUUGAGAACUCUGACCACAUUACGAUCGAUUUGUUUGAGUGGCGUCACACAAAUGAACGAGGUCGGUGUGGCCAUUGUUUUGGAUAAAUUACCAUUACUAGAGAGCCUGACAUUUAGAUUUGGUUUAUAUCCAUCCAUCACACUUACUGGCACCGGAUUGACGAAAAUGGUGGAGUCUGGAAUGCGAUUAAAGAACCUAUCAUUUAUCGGGGACUGUAAUAUUAAAUUGACGUUGGAACAGUACAAAUCAUUGCUGAAAGUCAUUCAAAAUAGCUACAGAGAGAAAAUUUCCAUUCGAAUCACCGGUAACAAGAGACUCCAUAUUAAAGUACCCGCACGAAUUUUAAUUGCAAAUGAAAAUACACUUGAAUUUAUAUUUGACCAACUAUUUACCGAUGAUUCUGACAAUUAACUCAUUUGAAAUUGAUUACAUUCAAAAAACUGACUUGGGCCAUGCACAUCACCUCCAAUGAAAUAAAAAAAGCAAUGUCAUCUGAUGUCAAUUGAAUUGUAGUUCUCAUACUCCAUAGUAAAUUAAAAAAAAAAAUCACGCCUUGCCAGGUUAGAAAAUGAUAUGAAAAUGUUUACUAAAAAUUAUUUGUUUUUCAGUUAUUGUUUUAACGGUUAUAUUUGUUAUGUAUUAGUAUAAAUUUCAGUGCAAGAACAAAAAAAAAAAAGAUAUGAAAUUUUUACGCCAAACAUUUUUACAUUGUAAGAUUUGUCUUUAAAACAAGUAACCAAAGAAAAAUCAUGAAAAGAGAUUAUUAUAUUUAUGGAUACGAG